UUGUAGUUACACCGCUGAGUCCAUAGCAACGGAAGUGAGCUGCGGGAAAUGCGCUGAUGUCUGUGCUAAGCCGGUUUGAUGUUAAUUGAGAUUUGGCAUUGGUAUAAAGGCUGAAAAAUAUAGAGUUUUCAUUAGUCAGCGACAGUUCGUAAGUUUUUCCAAUAUGGAGAUGACUGAGGAAGCGUUGAACAAUGAGAGACUGCAGGCUGCAGCGAACUUGAAAGCUUUCAUGAUGAAGAACAGCACAAAAACAAACCUCAACCUCUACGACCACCUCGUACGACUGUUAACCAAAGUUAUGGAUGAGCGUCCAGAGAACGCAGUCGAUGUGAUAGAGGACAUGAGUCGUGAUCUGAAAGGAAGUAUUCUUCAGGAGAAGCAGGACACCAUGCGGGACAGUCCGUCCUCAUCCGCGGCUCUGUUACUGGCCGAGCAGCAGAAGGCGCUAUUUACGCGGACGGCAGGUGAUGAAGGUGAUCAUGAGGAAGAUUUGGUGGAGUCUCCUCUACCGAAUGUUGCAGAACUUGGGUUCUUCUUUGAGCAAGCUGGUGUGGGUCUGGGGAGAGAAGAGAUGCAGAGAAUCUUUCUGGCUUUGAAACAGCUGGUGGACUCACAGUGUCUCCUACGCUGUCGAUUCUGGGGCAAGAUCCUCGGCACGCAGAGCAACUACCUGGUGGCUGAGGGGGAAUUCAGAGAGGGUGAAGGAGAGGAGGAGGAGGGGACAGAACAGACACAUGAGGAUGAGGAGAGGGAGGAAGAGCCACAGGAGGACAAGGAUGACACAGAGCUUGUGGAAGCUGCUGAUCCUCCCCCCAAAUCGACAUACAAGCCACCUCCGCCAGUGCCAAAGGAAGAAAAUCACACCGGUGUCAACAAAUACACUUAUUUUGUGUGUCAAGAGCCCGGUAUGCCGUGGGUCAGAUUGCCGAUGGUCACCCCCGCUCAGAUCACAGUGGCGCGGCAGGUCCGCAGGUUCUUCACAGGCAGGCUUGAUGCUCCUGUUGUAAGCUAUCCUCCCUUUCCUGGAAAUGAAGCCAACUACCUGCGUGCCCAGAUCGCACGGAUCUCAGCAGGCACGCACGUCAGCCCUCUGGGAUUCUACCAGUUUGGGGAGGAUGAAGGUGAGGAUGAUGGACUGCGAGACAGCUUUGAGGAGAAUCCUAACUUUGAGGGCAUCCAUGUUAAUGAGAUGGCUGAGUCUUUGAAUCUGUGGGUCCAUCAUGUACAGCAUAUUCUUACACAGGGCCGCUGUGUGUGGGUAAACGUGACUAAGAAGUCUACAGAUGACGUGGAUGAAGAUGCAGAGGAGGAAGAGAGGGAGGAGGAACCUGAUGAGCCAGAGCCUGAAGUCGGGCCUCCUCUUUUGACGCCUCUGUCUGAGGAUGCAAAGAUUAAUGACACCCCACCUUGGAGCUCCAUGAUCUCCUCUAACCUCAUUCCUCAGUUUUCCAUCGCUGUGCUGCGCUCCAACCUCUGGCCUGGAGCUUAUGCUUAUGCUAGUGGCAGGAAGUUUGGAAACAUAUACAUUGGUUGGGGGAUGAAAUAUAUUGGUGAGGCCUUCACCCCAACCAUUCUCCCACCACCCCAAAAUGAGUACCCCAGCGGGCCUGAGAUCACAGAGGCCCUGGACCCCAGUGUGGAGGAAGAGCAAGCUUUGAAAGCUGCUCUGGAGGAGCAGACGGCAGCCCUGGAAGAAACAGAGGAUCUAGAAGAUGAGGAGGAAGAGGAUGAUUAAAACAAAAAUAAACCUGCUUCAGAAGGUGUGUUGAUGGUUGAUGCUUAAAGUUUUAUAUGUACAGUUCCUUAAAGAAUCCACAUCUAAACAAGUGUGUUUACAUCGCUGAAAUAUUAAUACUCAACAACAAUUGGGGGAAUCAAAUAAUUUAUUAGCUUUGUAAAUCAGUUUAACAUAACAGUUUUGAUGAGUUAAUGCAUGCUUCCACUGCUAGCCUCCAAACAUACUUAAUUUUUUAUUACAUUAAGCUUAUUCUGCCAUGCUAUUUUCCAUGCUGAAGUUCCUCUAUUGGUUCAUGAUUAGUCAUAA